GUGAUAUUAUAGUUGAAAAUUCUUUGUACAUGUACAAACUCUAUCCCCAAUCAGUUGGUGUUUCAAACAUGUUAGAAUAUUGAUUCUUCUAUAUGCUUACAAGUUAUUCCUCCAAACUAUAGCCUCAUUUUGGGUUAAAUAUGUUCAGGUUCUUUUGCCUUUCAGUAGAUAAACGUAUGGAUUGUUCAGCCAUUGCCAUAGUUCAAGCUCAUCAACAAGAAGGAUAUGUGCAAAAAGGCGAGGGAGCCAGUAUAAUAUAGUGGCGUCUAAAAGUCCAGAUGUUCAGUAAAGUGUGCAUUAACCAGCUAUCCGUUGAGAGUGUUAGCUUGCCGCAAACAGCAAAGAUGAUUGAUGCUUUCUCGCUCGUCUAAACUGCAUAUUCUUCUUAGUUUUGGGCUCAGAGCACGGGCCAACAGCAAGGUAUAUAUAACUCAGUGUGUUUAUUUUCUAGUGAAUAUCAAUCUGCAGCCUCUCGCAGGAUCUGAAAAGCCACAGUCGAACAGCACAGAAACACAUACAGUCGUUGAUGGCAAUGAUCGCCAGGAGAAGCAAGAGCUCUGUACCUCUCUUGCAUGAAGUCCUCUUCUCCGGCCACCCUCUUCCCUGCUCAUACACCCAGCGGCAGACCUAUGUAGAUGUGUACAUGAAAUGGAAGAAAGACUCUUUUUUUGACUCCAUUGAUACUAUUCACAGAUCAGUUCAACUCAAGCCUUUAAUUGCUCUUAAGAACUGCAUAGUCUCCUCUUCACCUAAUGAUUAUUGCAUCCCCAUUUCUGUUAUUUCGAAAAAAGGCUUAGAGUUAGGGAUACCCAUUAAGGUUGCCAGGUUCUUAAGGCUGUAUCCAUCUGUUUUUGAGGAAUUUACUGGCCCUAACUACAAUUUGCCUUGGUUUAAGUUGACCCAGAGGGCUAUUGAGCUUGAUAGAGAGGAGAGAGAGGUCUACUUAAAAUUUAAGGAUGAUAUCAUUUUGAGGCUGAAGAAGUUGAUACUGAUGAGUGGCAGGGAACAGAUGCUUCCUCUAAAGAUAAUUCAGGGUCUGCAAUGGUAUUUGGGGUUACCCGACGAAUUCUUAAGGAAACCGGAAGACAAUCUUGAUGGGUGUUUCAGAGUUGUGGAAAUAGAAGAUGGAUUGAAAGGGCUGGCCGUUAAUGUUGAUGGAAGUGAAAGGCUUUUAUCAGUGAUGCAGAUGAAUGCGAUGAAGAGGGGAGUGUAUAGUGGUGUGGACGGUGAGGCAAUAGAAUUUCCACUGUAUCCAUCAAAGGGAUUGAGGCUUAAAAGAAAAAUUGCAGACUGGUUUGAUGAGUUUCAGAAGUUUCCAUAUGUUUCACCCUAUGAGGAUUUUUCAGAUUUAGAUCCAAAUAGUGAUAUAGCAGAAAAACGAGUGGUGGGUGUACUUCAUGAAUUGCUUAGUUUGUUUGUCGAGCAUGCUGCAGAAAGGAAGAGGCUUUUGUGUCUUAGGAAAUACUUGGGGUUGCCGCAAAAAGUUCACAAGGCAUUUGAGAGGCAUCCUCAUAUCUUCAAUUUGUCAUUAAUGAACAAGACUUGCACCGCAAUACUAAAAGAAGCUUACUGUGAUAGAGGGGCUAUCGAGGAACAUCCAUUAGCAAAAGUUAGAAAAAGGUACAUCAAAUUGAUGAAGGAGUCGGAGGGUAUACUGAAACGUAAAAGGUUUAACAACAGGCCAAUUGAUCAGGGUGACUCGAAUAUCAAGGACUUGGAUUGUACAGAUGAUGAGGAUAAGAAAUUUACAACUUAACUCUGCUCUUUAUGCUUGUGUCACUAUAAUCAGGUGCAGGAUUUAAAAGAAAUUAUAAACGAGAAGGAAAAGAAAAUUGAAAGAACUGUUCAAGCAGGAUUUGUAGGCAUUUGGAAUGAAAUGAAAAGACUGUUUGAUCUCUAUAGCUUCAGAGGUGGAUGUUUCUCUCAUUUAUGCUGCAGUUCUUUCAUCCAUUAAGGGUGAUUUCAGUAUGAAGGGGAUGGCCAC